UUCCUUUUCCGCCACACAGAUUAAACUGGCAGUUGUUAUUGUUGUGGAGGUCUGGGAUUGACGUUUUUGCAGAUGGAUUUUCCCGAUCCUUCGUGUUAUUCAGGCAAAUAAGACAUAGGACAACUAUAAGCCAUUUACAUAUAGCACUUCUUACCACACGUACAGUGUAGUGUUCAUUUAGUAAAACGGGCGAAACGCGGGUGUAAGUCUACCGAGAUGUCUCUGCCACCGGAGAAAGCAUCUGAACUAAAGCAGAUCAUACACAACCAUCUGAUCAAGAUGAACAUCCAUGGGAAGAUCAGGGAUGUGUUGGCGGAGACCGUGAGAGAGGAUCUGGACCCUGGACAUAGCUCUCUGUCUGAGGAGGACUUCCUCCGGGCGUUGCAACGCAGGGGAAUCGUAGACGAUGUCAUGAAGGAUCUUCAUUUCUCCAAGGAAGUGCCUGACACCGAGUUAGGACUCCAGAACAGUCCGAAGCCUGCAACUCACUUUAUUGACAAGGACCCGACGAAGCUCAAGAAAACCAACAUGGACCCAGCGAGGAGGUACCUGUACCUCCAGGUCCUGGGGGGUAAGGCCUUUCUAGAGCACCUCCAGGAGCCAGAGCCUCUACCUGGUCAGGUCUGCUCCACCUUCACCCUCUACCUGCACUUCAGGAACCAGCGCUUCCACUCCAAGCCUGUCCCCUGUGCCUGUGAGCCAGACCUGCAGGAGGGCUUCCUGCUGGAGAUACACAGAGAGGGCCUGGGCGAUGGCAGUAAGAUGGCAGAUGCCACCACGAUGUUGUCUAUCUGUGACCCGGUCCACCUGGUGUUGAUAAAGAGAGACGCGUCCAGCGAGACCACCCUGGUCUCCUCUUACUUCCUGGACUGGAGGACCGUUCUCUCCUCUCCCUCUGGGAAGACCAGCGUUGCCGUCGAGCUGCUUGGAGUCGGUAGUGAAUGUAAGGUGACGGCUGGUGUACUCAACAUGAGUCUUGACCUUUACCCUCCUCUGUCAGAGGUCCUGUCACCUGACAUCAUCACCACACAGCAGUCCCUGGAGCGGCAGAAGACGGCGGAGAAGGAGAGGCUGUUUCUGGUUUAUGCGAAACAGUGGUGGAGAGAGUUUCUAGAGAUCAGACAGGCCAACCAAUCCAAACUGGUCAAGAUCUUUGCUCAGGAUGAGAACGGCGUCAACAGGCCGGUGUGUUCCUACGUGCGUGUCCUGCGUGCUGGUCGUCUCCUGGAGAGUCCCCGUCAGGCGGCCCGCUUCGUUAGCCUGCUGGGCCUGGAGAAAGCCCCCGUGGUGGGGGGAGGAGGAGGGGGCAAACAGGAGCAGUGGUGCUCCCUUCUCGCCUUCCUCUGUAGAAACAAGGGCGACUGUGAGGACCAUGCCACCCUGCUGUGCAGUCUGUUGCUGGGGUUCGGCCUGGAUGCCUACGUGUGUGUUGGCACUAAGCCCAAGAGCCUGGCACACACCUGGGUGAUGACCAGGGGCACUGACAGCACCAUCACCUUCUGGGAGAGCCUGACCGCACACAGGUACCUCCACCAGGCCAUUGACCCAGACGCCCCUCCCCUGGCCCCCCAGCCACGCCCCUCCUAUCCCUACAGGACCAUCGGCUGUGUGUUCAACCACAGGGCCUUCCUGGCCAACUGCCAACCGUCAGACGCUGUGGAACUCUGCUCGUUCGACUUCCACAACCAGUCCCAGUGGAAGGCUAUGAGUGAGGAGGCUGUUGGCUCAGUCUGCUCCCCGGGCAGCACCACCUCUCUGCCCCCUCUACCUCCUCUCUGUGGCCCCUCCCUGGAGCCUAGCGCUGCCUCCAACCAGCUGGAACUGGAGCUGAGGUACCUGGUGGUGGAACACAGGAAGGACCUUGGCCUGGCCACAGUGUGGGAUGACCACCUGUCCUACGUCCUGUCCUCCGCCCUGGCGGCGUACGAGCUGGAGCGCUGCACGGGGACUUCCUGCGGUAACGAGGAGUUCCAGGAUGCUGUGCGGAGGGCGGUGCCGGACGGACACACCUUCAAAGGUUUCCCUAUCCACUUCCUGCACCACAACGCACGGCGAGCCUUCGCUACCUGCCUCAGGUCUCCGUUCUGUGAUGAGAUAGUGUGUUGCCGUGGGGACCACGUGAGGCUGGCGGUGCGUGUCCGGGUGUUUGCGUACCCCGAGUCUGCCUGUGCCGUCUGGGUGAUGUUCGCCUGCAAGUAUCGUUCUGUACUCUGACCCCUGACCUUUGACAUGCCCCCACUGUUGGAGGAACAUCAAGUUUAAGUCACAGUACCAAUUACCAGGGACCUCCCCAUCCCAUAAUAACACCAUACUGAAGGGCUGAUACCAUAUCUAUUGAAUUACCAGGGACCUCCCCAUCCCAUAAUAACACCAUACUGAAGGGCUGUUACCAUAUGUAUUGAAUUACCAGGGACCUCCCCAUCCCAUAAUAACACCAUACUGAAGGGCUGAUACCAUGUAUUGAAUUACCAGGGACCUCCCCAUCCCAUAAUAACACCAUACUGAAGGGCUGAUACCAUAUGUAUUGAAUUACCAGGGACCUCCCCAUCCCAUAAUAACACCAUACUGAAGGGCUGAUACCAUGUAUUGAAUUACCAGGGACCUCCCCAUCCCAUAAUAACACCAUACUGAAGGGCUGAUACCAUAUGUAUUGAAUUACCAGGGACCUCCCCAUCCCAUAAUAACACCAUACUGAAGGGCUGAUACCAUGUAUUGAAUUACCAGGGACCUCCCCAUCCCAUAAUAACACCAUACUGAAGGGCUGAUACCAUGUAUUGAAUUACCAGGGACCUCCACAUCCCAUAAUAACACCAUACUGAAGGGCUGAUACCAUAUCUAUUGAAUUACCAGGGACCUCCCCAUCCCAUAAUAACACCAUACUGAAGGGCUGUUACCAUGUAUUGAAUUACCAGGGACCUCCCCAUCCCAUAAUAACACCAUACUGAAGGGCUGAUACCAUAUCUAUUGAAUUACCAGGGACCUCCCCAUCCCAUAAUAACACCAUACUGAAGGGCUGAUACCAUGUAUUGCGAUUCGAUACUGUGAUCUUAUUGUUAUUCCCAAACAUGUAAUAUCCUGAUAUGUAACUAUUGAUUCCCUCCUGUCACUACAAUGUUUUGUCUUUCUACUGUCUUAUUACAUACUUUGUAUUUAUAGCUACAUAUAUAUUUUUUUGAAAUAAAUGAUUUACUUUUUUAAA